AUGAGUGAUAAAAGUGGUCACUACGGCCAGACCCGAAAGCAUAUGGACAUAUGCAAUAUAUCAUUCGACUAUUUAUUGAAUACAGAUUUAAUUUGUUUCACGGAAACGCCCAACGCUUUUGUCAAAACACAAGACAACAGUUAUUACCUAUUUUUCAAUCAAUACUUUUGGCAAAUGGUGUUCAACGACACGACCGACGAGUUUACUGUCCAGACACCGGAGGCUUCACUGGUUAGCCAAUACUGGCCACAACUGCCCAAUGAUGUGGACAUUGGGUUUACCGUCGAGGAGUCGGUUUACGGCAAUGCAAUCGCUGGCCACACCUUCUUCAUCAAAAACGAGACCUAUUAUCAGUACCGUAAUCGUCGGUUUGUGGGCACCGGUAGUAUCGAGUACUGGACAACCGGCAAAUCGGCCCACGAGUGGCGAUACGUCGCCACCACUAAGGACUCGGCGCUCGUAUUGAUCAACACUAGACUGGCGUUGAAUAUCAAGUCCAGCGGCAAGACUUACUAUUUUGACGAUCCAGAUUAUCCAGAAUCGUUGGACUCAUAUCACGGUCUCCGGUCAAACAUACCGUGGAAUCACUUGCGGUCACUCUUCCCGAUCGCCAACACAACCAAAUACAUGGCUUUACUCGCGGUUCACGGAAACGGAUUUUACUGUAUUUUGCAUAACUAUGAGAGUGAGUGCAAUUAUAAGCCGAUUCAUCAGAUGUUUAACUGUUCGUCCCAUAUAUUGCUUGUGAAACAAAACGAUUGGAUUUAUUGGUUGUGGCGGACGACUAGGUUGAAUACUCAUGAAAUGCUCAUGGUCAUUUCUGGUUGUAAUCAAACAUUGACGAGUGACCAUGAUAGGAUAACAUUUGUAGACAACGACCCGGUUGACCAAGAAUGCUACUGGGGCAUUCAAGUGACACCUGGAAUGGUCAUAGCGCUAACCAUCGAGCGUGGCCCCAGAGAUUUAGUUACUUCUUUGUUUACCUCGUCCUAUCGCGCUAUAGAUAUUAAAUAUUCUACUUUCAAAGCUAAUUGUAACGAAACGUUCACCGAUAGCAAGGGUUGUGGUCAGUUGUAUAUAGAAAAUCAGGGUUAUAUUCAUAGCCCCGGGUAUCCCCUUUCAUACCCUAAUAGUAUACUAUGCGAGUGGACAGUACGGGUGCCGCGAAAUCAUACAAUUAUUGUGCAAUUCAUUGACUUUCGCACCGAAGAGAGUGAUUAUCUGACAAUUAUAUCCAAUUCAGAGACCCAUAGAUAUAGUGGUCUUAAAAAGCCAUCAAAUCUCCUGACAUCUGGAAAUACAAUGAGUUUGUUAUUCAAAACGGACGGCACUAUCGUUGAGAGAGGCUUUAAAAUUGCCUACAAAGCCGUACCACUCGAUACGGGCUUGACAUUUGUGAUAUCCGCUGAUAAUGCCUUAUUGAUGGCUCACUCGAGUAGCACUAAAUUACUCGCUAUGAAUGGGGACCGGAUGUCAGGCCUAAUGGAUUACGAUUCAACUGGCAAUCGGUUUGUGUGGUUUGAUCACAAGAAACGGACAUUUAUUUUACAAUCAUUUAAUGAAAAACAUGACAUUCCUAUCGGCGAUGGAGAGCCUAACAGUUUGGCCGUCGAUUGGAUCCAUGACUUACUGUAUUGGUUGGACACACAAAGUCCUAGAGAUCUGGUGCUAAACAUAGUGACCGGUGCUCUGGUUUGGUCUAACGUUGGCUUUGAGGCCAAUAUAAUGCAACUAAAUUUAGAUACCGAUCAGCCACUAGUGCUGUACUCUUCGGGCCGACACGCCAUGCAUUUGACAGUAGAUUACGGAUCAAAACAAUACUAUUUCAUCGAUAGGACCGACCAUUCGCUGUAUUCCAUAGACUUUUGGGGCAAAAACGAGACGUUUAUUGUGAAAUCCGUGACACUCUUUGACCCAAUCGUAUCCAGUCUUCAAGUCUUUGGCAAUGAUCUGUAUUUUAAUCACGAGUUUUUUCUCUAUCGGAUACCGGAAAUACAGUUGGGUAUAGAGAGGGCACAUGUAGUUUACAAAAUACACAGAGUUGCCGCUUUAUUUGAUGACGAUUUAUUUUUUAUGACCAACACUAUUGACAUCAAUCGGCGCGAGUUUAACACGUUUAAAAUUGUCAACCAAUCGCAUCAGCCCAGCGUAGGGUUGGCCGCAAAUCCGUGCGAUCAUUCAAAUUGUGCCAAACUAUGUAUACCCCGGACAGUUGCCACCGGACAAUCAUAUAGACUAAAACGAGAUCUCAUGAGAUGUGCCCCAGAAUUGAGAUCAAAUCCAAGAAUGUGUUUGCGAGACAUCGACGACAAUGAAAACUGUAAUUCAUAUCAGAAUCUAUUGGCCAAUGAAAACACAGAAAUUAGUACCAAGUUUUAG